AUGUUGAUGCCCUUAUUUUUAUUUUUGCUUGUAUCUCAAAUUUCGACAGCUUCUGUUCAAUCGGAUAAAAAAGAUAUUGUUCUGAAAUUAUCCACAGAUAAGGUGAGAAAAUUAAUUAAAACUUGUUGUUGUUUUUUUUUUUGUAAAAAAAACUGGGAUGAAUUUCUUGGGUCAAGGCCGGAUGAUGAUAUUGCUUUUGUAAGUGUUAAAAUUAUUUUGGGUUAAUUAUUCUAUUGUUCUCACAAUCAGAGGAAUUCAAAAAAUGUAUUAUAUAGCUUCAAAACUUCGAUCAACUUUCAGGAAUUUCAAAAUGUUGCCACGUCAUGACUUGUUUUUAAAUUAACAAGAUAUUUCAUUAAAAACUCGAAUAUCGAAAAAUGUUGGAAUUCUUAAAUCCCUUGAGUUUUGUACCUGAAUUUUUCAAGAGACAGUACUUCUUGUAAUUUCCUGCCUACAGUACUCUCAUUUUCCGUCUCACAAUCAAAUAUAAAUUCCAGAACAAUGAUCCAAAUUCUCAUUUUUACGGCGAAUGGUUGGAAUCACCAUGGGGUGAUUUAUAUCAAUUCCGUGCCGGCGACCAGACUUGGCUAACUGCCCGUGAACACUGCCUUUCGCUUAAUUCGGAUUUAGCAGUUAUCAAAUCAGCCGAACAACUCGACUGGAUCUUAUCGCAUUAUGCACCAAUUUCGACAAGAUUCUCACAAAGACUUGUUCAGGUUAGCUUUUAUCAUUUUUUCGUUGUUGGAAGUCAGUCUUUUUUUUUUAGAUAGGAUUAUUGGCGACUGAAGGUGGAAGUCAUGAAUGGAAAUGGGUCGAUGGAUCCGAAUUGAAUAAUACUGUGUAUGUUUGAAAAAAAACAGGGAAACUUAGGAAGUUAUUGAAACGGGUCCAAUUUUCCGGAGGAAAAAUGAAAAAACAUUUGUUUCAGAACUGUCUGGACAACCGGAGAACCUUACGAUCAUUCAAGUGAAGGAAAAGAAAAAUGCGCGCUUCUGAAUAUUGAGCAACGUAAACUUGAUGAUGUUGAUUGUGAGGCAACUUCUGAUGAUCAUAGAGCAGUUCGGUAUAUUUGCGAAAGAUCGAGUCAAAAACAUGUCUCUCAACAGAAAUCAAACAAUUACAUUUGGGCAAGAAUUGAACAACUUUUCAACUUUUUCGGAAUUGGUGGAUCUGCAAAUACUUCUGCAGCUAGUAAUAAUGAAACUGAUUACGAGGAUGAAGUUGAGGUAAAUUUUGUUUUGAAUAAGAAGAUUUGAUAAUUGUGGAAUUUUUCUAGAAAUCAAUGAACUCAACAUCGACCACGAAUUCCAAUUCAUCUACUGUUUUAUUCACCGAUUCUUCUGCUGAACCAUCUUCGAGUGAAGAAGAAGAAGAAGUUAUUAAAACAUUGGCCGCACUUCCAGCGAUUGAAGGAUCUGGGGAAACGAGAGAAUUGAAAGAACUAUCAGACGAAGGAAGUGGAAGUGGAGCUGGAAUCGAAGUCCAAGUUGAAAAACAGAAAAUCGAAACACUUGAUGAGAGCAAAAUUGAUAGAAUGAUCAAUAAAAUGGAGCAAAUGAUUAAAACUAUUGAUGAUUUGGUUAUAACUCCAGCGGCUUCUCAACGAACUACAGUAGCCACUUUACAUUUGCCAACUGAUCCACCAAUUCUUGCAGCUGAUGUGAACUCAAAUAGUAUUGAAGAUGAUUUUGAUACUGAAAAAAAUAAGGAUAUGCCAAAAGCGGAUAUUGAACCACCAACUAAAGAUGAUGAAGAUGACGAAGAUUGUGAAGAAUCGGGAAGCGGAUCAGGAUCUGGUUCAAAUUCAGGAGAAGAGCCAGAACUCGAAGGAUCUGGCUCGGGAGAGCAAAGUGACAGCAAAUCUACUAAAGAAACUCAAACCCAUCAAGUUAUCGAAUUGUCACGAGAAAAAGAAGAACACGUCAAAGAGUUCUUGGGUGUUCUUCGACUUUUCUUGGAUCGUGCUGAUCAUGGAGAUCUCAAGAAAUUGUUGAAUGAAUCGGAGGGAAAGACUUUGUUAGAUCGCAUGAAGAAUUCGAUUAGAGAGGCAAAUCGAAGAGAAUUUGAAAUGUUGGAGAAACUCGAGGCUGAUAAAAAACCAGCGGCUGAGGUGAGGAAUUUAGCUCGAGAGGGGAUGGGCUUUGAGGUCACUGGUAUUCGAAGAUCUAGGGUUAGAUUGUAACACCGUGUAUUACAAUUAUGGGGUUGAUAAAUGCAUUUAACAAAGGGCAUCCCAAACCUACAGUAUCAAUCAACCUUACUAAAUUCUAAUAUUCAGAAUGACGAGUCCACUCCAAUGAGUCCAACAGAACAACGUGCUAUUUACAAAAAAAUUAGUUCUGCUGUGAUCAAGGCAGCCAAAGAGGAUGCCAAGAAAGCGGAAGGCACAAAAACUUUAAAAAUUGGAGGUAAGUUCCAAAAUGUUGUGGGGUAGUUGAACACAGGUCACGCCUGUUUUAAUGAGCGGCAAUUUCAAAUUUUUAUUCUCCUAUUUCAACAAGUUACAUAUUUUCAGACGAAAAGUUCAAGCUCGCCCAGGACAAAAUGUCAGAAGAGGACGAAAAAGAGGGAAAAGUUGAGAUCUUACGAUCAUCUCGUGAACACACAAAAGAAAAGAUCGGAAAUGACGAUUAUUAUGGAGAUUAUUUAGAUGAUAACAAUGUGAUAAAAGUGAACAAGAGAAAAAGGACUACAACAACAGAAGUUCCGACGACUACUGAAGUUGAAAAGACAACAGAAGCUCCAACCACAACUUCUACAACUACCACAACAACAGAAGCUCCAACAACGACCACCAAGAAAUCCAAUAUCCCUGAAGCUGAAGAGGAAGAGGAGACAACUACCGAGAAGAUUAUAACAACUACAACUGUCAAAAAAGUCCCAACGACCACCACAACUACCACAACUACAACCACACAAAAACCCACCACAACGACCAAGAGAUCUCCUACUACUGUGAAAACCAAGAAAGUCUCUGCGGCCGAGAUCGAGAAACAAACAAAACUCGAAGUUCCAACAACUUCUACUCUUUUCCCACCGCUCCCAACUUUUCCAACAAUCGCACCAUUUACUUUUGCCACUCUUCCAACCCAACCGCCACCAAAAAUCCCAACACUUGAUGAAAUUUUCGGUAACUUUAAUACGCAAUUCAAAAAACUUCUUCAGCCACCAACUCCAUUACCAUUGUUGACACCAAAAGCCUAA